UGUCUUUGAAGGCGGAUCUUUUGGCAGGUUAGACCGGGACCGAGGCUCCGACCAGCUCAGACGAGCGCUGCCACCAAACGCAUCAACUGCCUGCUUACGGGAGGAGCGUAAUCCUGCGUUUCUGGGACACAUUUAUUAAGAUCACAGAGGAUAUUUAUUUUACUAAUUUAGCUGACUUCUUCGCUGUUACUGGUGCCUUGUGAGCAGCGGCUUAAAGGACUAGAGGAAAUAGUUUUUUGUGUGUUUUCCCCAAGUAGUCGCACAAGGACUGAAAUCGCACUGCUGCUCAGACUGAUACUCCGGAAAAAGUGACAUGAAACGCGAGGACAGAUGAGUGAGUAUUUUGGGAACAAGAAAAGGACAAAUCGGAAAACAUUUAAAUUCUCUUUUACUCACAGCUAGACUGAUAUGCACCGUGUAAAAGACUGAAGAAGUAUCUCCAACACUUCAGCCACAGACUGAGCGCUUGAAAGCAUGGACCUAAACGCACGCGUCUUCCAGCGAGAAAACAUUUUCGGACCACAGUGGGAUUUUUUUUUGUAUUGAACUCUUGCACGCCUAAAAUGUGGAAACGAGGAUCUUGCACCAGAUAGUUCUGUAAGUUAUUUGUCACAUUUGUCUAACACAAACAGUAGCCAGGUUUCAUCACUGAUUUUUUUUAAUGAGAGAAACCUGUGUGAUGUGUUAGUGGUGAACAUUUGGCCUAUAUUUUCUUUAAUUCAAGAGAGGGAAAAUGCUUUCAACUGCUAAACUGAGCCUCAUCUGUGUGCUGCUGGCCCUGAGGAGCAGUGGGGGGUCAGCCAUUAGCUCAAUAGACCCCGACUGGUCAGGAGAGGGGAGAUGUCAACACAUCAGCAUCCCCCAGUGUAAAGACAUUGGCUACAACAUGACCCGUAUGCCAAACCUCAUGGGCCACGAUGACCAAAAAGAGGCAGCGAUAAAGCUGCAGGAGUUUGCGACGCUGAUACAGUUUGGAUGCCACAGUCAUCUCAAAUUUUUCCUGUGUUCACUGUACGCUCCCAUGUGCACAGAGCAGGUGUCCAACCCCAUCCCAGCAUGCCGAGUUAUGUGUGAGCAGGUAAAGGUGAAAUGCUCACCCAUCUUGGAACAAUUCAACUUCCCCUGGCCCGACUCCCUGGACUGCUCCCGGCUACCAACCAAAAAUGACCCAAACAACCUCUGCAUGGAGGCGCCCAACAACGGCUCAGAUGAACCUCCCAAAGUCUCUCACACCCAGCCUCCAGACUACAGGCCACAGCGGCCUCUGAGCGGGCAGGAUGUGCACUUAAAGGACAGCAUCAGCAAGCAGACGUGCAGCAAUCCUGGCAAGUUCCACUUUGUGGAGAAAAGUGAGUCAUGUGCCCCUAAAUGCUACCCCAAAGUGGACGUGUACUGGAGUCAGGGGGACAAGCAGUUCUCUCUGGUGUGGAUUGCCAUCUGGUCCAUCCUCUGCUUUGUCUCCAGCGCCUUCACUGUGCUCACUUUCCUCAUAGACCCACAGCGCUUCAAAUACCCUGAGAGGCCGAUCAUCUUCCUCUCCAUGUCCUACUGUGUUUACUCUGUGGGUUACCUAGUAAGACUUUUUGUAGGAGCUGAUAGAAUAGCCUGUGACAGAGACAAUGGGGUCCAGUAUAUUAUCCAAGAGGGUCUGGAGAGCACCGGCUGCACCAUUGUCUUUCUUAUCCUGUAUUAUUUUGGCAUGGCCAGCUCCCUCUGGUGGGUUAUCCUGACCCUCACAUGGUUCUUGGCUGCAGGGAAGAAGUGGGGUCACGAAGCCAUCGAGGCCAACAGCAGCUACUUCCACCUGGCAGCAUGGGCCAUCCCGGCUGUGAAGACCAUCAUGAUCCUGGUGAUGAGGAAAGUGGCGGGGGAUGAGCUGACGGGCAUCUGCUAUGUGGGCAGCAUGGAUGUCAAAGCUCUCACAGGCUUUGUGCUUAUUCCUCUCUCCUGCUACCUUAUUAUUGGCACUUCAUUCCUGCUGUCUGGCUUUGUUGCCCUCUUCCACAUCCGUAAGAUCAUGAAAACAGAAGGAGAGAACACAGACAAGCUUGAGAAACUGAUGGUUCGCAUCGGGGUCUUCUCCGUGCUCUACACCGUCCCGGCCACCUGCGUUAUCGCCUGCUAUUUCUACGAGAGGCUCAACAUGGACUACUGGCGCAUCCUGGCAGCGGAGCAGAAAUGUGUCGACAGCAGCGGGCCGGAGUCGGACGAGUGCGUCAUGAAGACUUCCAUCCCCGCCGUUGAGAUCUUCAUGGUGAAGAUAUUCAUGCUGCUGGUGGUGGGCAUCACUAGCGGCAUGUGGAUCUGGACCUCAAAGACACUGCAGUCAUGGCAGAAUGUGUUUAGCAGGAAGCUAAAGAAGAGGACAAGCAGGAAGGCUGCAAGUGUGUUCACCAGCAGCAGGCCUUACAUCAAACCUCACCCAUCUCUCAAAGGGCACAGUACAAAAUAUGAGCCUACACGGCCCCCUCCAACAUGUGUAUGAGCUAGCUCUCUUUGUUUAAACCCAAAAAUACGUGUAAAGCCCUUAACUAAAUGAGACUAUGUAAUCAGAGUGCUAUCAAAAUAAUCAAGGUUCAUGUUUUAUUUAUGUUAACUGCGUUAAAAAUAAUGCAACAUGGGUUUUUUUGUUUGUCUUGAGCCAUCUCAUGCAACAAGAGCUGCCUUUCUUUGCGGAAAAAAACGUAUUCUUCUGGAUUCACUUAAGGAACUUGGUAAAGAGAAAACAAAUCUUAUUGUCUCAAGACAAAAAGAGUGGGAGUCACUUGAAUAAUGCGCAAUAGAUGUUUUCCUUACAGGCAAAAAAGACACUUAUACUGUUAGUGACAGACUACAGACAAUGACAGGACCCCACAGACUAUGGAGGCAUAUGGUCAGAAGGAUAAGUGUUGUGUUUGGAGGCUUUUUAAUGGAAAUCGAGGCAGUGUCAUACAUGUUUGAACUGGAGUGAGAGCAGCUGUUGAAAAUACCUUUCUGAACUGCCCAUUAUGAGGAAAACCCAUUUCAUAAAAUUAAUCAAGCCCUCAUUAUUGAAAAGUUAUUUGUACAUUCAGUUAUGUUUCCCAUAUUUUUUCUUUGCCGUUUUAAAGCACAAGGGAACAUUUGUAUAUAUUUCUAAAAACUUCAGAUUUUAUAGAAAAAUUAAUAAAACGUUCUAGUUUUAAAUGUUUGUAAUGCCGUAUUUUUGUGUUAAAAUUGUGUUUAUUUCCUAUCUAAUUGAGUCUCUAUGUUAAUACAGCCGCAUAAAGCUUGUAUUUUUACUAUUGCAGCACUUGUACUUUUUGCCACCCACAGUUUCGUAGCAAUCAAGCGAUCAAUACAUCGUAAAAAUUCAAAUAAUUUUCCUCAAUUUGUGAAUGUUAUUGAAUGUCAUAGCUGGGUUUAAACAUUAUGUUUGUUACUAAGAAUAUCUUUAAAUAUAAUUUACGGAGAUGCAGAUGUUUAUCUGAUCAAAAGGGGACAAAACUAACUUUAUACUAUAACAAUAAUAUUAAAGACCAGUUCAGAUCAGCUUAUAAAUGUUGUACAUGCACUGUAUAUUGUUGCUAUAGGAAUAAUGUGCACUUUUACAUAUAAAAAAGGCUUGUUACCAUGCUUGACACAUUGGUUUAUAAGUCAGCACGCACAGAAAGCACAAAAAGCGGCAUCCCUCUUCUUGUUUUUAAAUGUUUGUAAGGAAAUAUUGGCAAAUGAAUGUUAAUGCCCAGUGGCUUGACAACUAACAGUGAAGCAAAAACAGGACAAACUUAGUAAAAGGGAGUGUCCAGGGUCUCCCAUUUGCUGUUUAAAUUCAGGCCUCAAAGUCACAAAUACAUAUAGUUUGAUAUUUGUUUAAAAUGACAAUGUAAAUUAUAUUCACUUUUUAUUUAAUGGCUAUUAGUUUUGCACACUUUUUGAUGAGAAGAAGCACCUUAAAACAGUGUGCAGAAUUACUCCCCGAUUUGAACCAAUAUUCAUAAGAUAAAAAGGUUUAGUAGUGGUUUUGUCCAAAUGACAAAUGAACACUUUUGUGUGUUUUGUUAACUAAAAUGUCACAUUUUAUAUAGCUGUGGUUUACAUGAGGGUGACUUGAAUGUUUAUUUUUAUUUCCCACACUGCCUCAGCUGAAGUGGAUAUACACCUUCAUUGUAGCCCCCACUUUCCCUCUCUUGCUCUCUCUCUCUGUGUUGCAUGUGCCGGUGCGUAUCAAUGAAGGGGUUAUACAAUAAUCCAGCUCUCAUUCAGGACAGGAUUAGACCGUUUGAAGGGGUUUGACUUUGAAAAGGGGAUCGCAGCAAACCAAAAAUACAAAAUAUCUGUCAUCUCUCCUCUUCUUAUCAGCCCGGCAUAGUGACAUUUCUAAAGACACAUCUGGCCUGGAUUUGAAGAAGUUACAUAUUGACUGAAGCGGCUUUGUCAAGCAUGAGCAAACUGAAUACAUUUUGUGGUAUCCUAAGAUGUUUGGUGUUAAACGAUCCUAACGCUGUCAACAACUUUAAGAUAUACUUUCUGAGAGCCACAAGUCUAGUCUUGAAUCUUAGCAAUGACAAUUCAAUCAAUCAAUCAAUGAAUGUUUAUUUAUAUAGCCCAAUAUUACAAAUGUUACAUUUGUCUCAGUGGUCUUCACAAUUGUUUCUGUCUUGACAGUGCUCUCAGAGCAAGUGCAAGUACAUGUACAAGUGAGUCAAGACAGCACUACAUUUGCAAGAAUAAUGAUAUAUGUGUGAGAAUAAUAAGUAUGAAUGUAGAAUAAUGUAGUACAAAACCUUUUCUACCUUUUAUAUCUGCCUCACUUUCAAAGCUUUUUUUGAAAGUCUAACACCUAUGUUAGAGAGUCCUUUCUGGUUUAAUAAAGUUUCAGAAGUGUAGUAAUGCUUUAUCCCGGAGGGCAUUCAAGUUCCAGCACCAACCCAACCCGUUUUAACAGUCAAAAGCACAUGACUCACUCUAUGUGGCUGAAUCAAAGUCAGCCAGUGUCUAUUGAUACUCUGAGUUGCGAGAAAGGUGUGAGUGCUUCUGAGAGCUUCAACAGAGGCCACCUGGAUAACAGCCCCCGAGGUGUCUGGGAAGGCUGUAAAUAUAAAUGACAGUUACCACCCCCCUCCAGGGCUUCUUCAGCCAAGCAGCCUUCACUUUUCUUCUUCUGCUCUCUUCAAAGGAAAAAAUCCUGCUCAGAGCAAGGACAAAGUAUUGCUGGCAAGAAAGUUUUUUUUUAAAUCAGACUCACUUGUGUUUAUUGCUUUUCAAAGUAUAGAUCCUAUAACAUCAGAUCACAGUUUUUGAGCCAAGUGAAAGAUCUUUUGUCUGGUGUUGAUGAUCAUUAAAUGUUUCAUCAAUGACAGGCCAAAUGCCAUCGUCACCCCACACUCAUCCACUUUCUGUUGCUCAUUCUUUCUGCAGCGCCAAGUAGGAGAUAGCAAUGUCUGUGUUGGCUUAUGAUUCGUUGACAAAAAGAGCUUCUGCUGUGAUCAGUGUUGUUGAAACAGCAUCAAACCUCUGAUUAUAACUUGAUUUAAUUUAAUCUGACUGGUUUGCCAGCAAGCCAGGAUUUUCAGCUUUCCACACUGUAAUUGAGCUGAUGUUAAGUGUCUUUGUGGAACCAAGCAUUAUUGAAACAUAGAGUUGAAAUGACAGAACAAGUAAGCCUCCUCUGCAUGUCAAAGGCUAAUUCAGAUGGAAAUCAGCAAGAGAACAUCAUCACGAGUCAAAACUUUAAAACUACGCUUUUCUAUCAAUAAAUGACUACACCUUC